AUGAAAGACACCCUGGAGAUCCAAUUGCAGGAUGAGAAGAGGAAGGUCGACGAAGUGAUCCUGCGCGAGCGCAAGAAGGCGCAUUUGCAAUGGGAGUCCCUCAGAAGUGCGGCCAAGGAGACAAUCCUCGAGAUCGAAACCGAAAGCAAAGCUAAGCUCGCAGAUGAGGACAAGAGGAUCGUUGAGGUGAAGAGGCAAGCCACGCGGAAGUUAUCGAGGGCGAAGGAACAGAUGGACGAAGAACUGAGGCAGCUGAAGAGUAAGCACGAGCGGGAGUGGGAUGAACUGACGAGAGUGGAGAUGGGCAAUGUCUUGGAAGAGGAAAGGCAGGCGACGGCGAAGAGGAUAAGCGUGGAGGAGAUGGCAGAGGAGAAGAGAAAGGACGUCAAGGCAAAGCUGAAGGCGGAUAACGAGGAGCUCUACGAUCAGCUUGGGGAGGUAGUCGUCAGCGCACGACUCGAUGGGCGAGAACGAAUGACCAAAGCAGCGAAGAAGUGGUUUGAAGACAAGAGCAGGAGGGAGAUAGAUCUGAUACUGGCUCAGCAGAAAGAGGCGGAGGCGUCCAGGCGGCAUAGGGAACGGGAUCGACGAGCAAAAAGCGAGAGAGAUGAGAGCAAGCGACGGGCUGCAGAGGAGAGGCGGAAAGGAUAUGCUAAAGAGCGUAUCGUCAAGGCCUGGGCUAAGUACGAGCCCUACUGGGGCAAGGUCAAGGGACGUCAAGGGCCGCUAAAGACCCCAAACCACGCAUUCGACAUUCAGGCCAAUGGUAUUCAGGGACGCAUUCCAUCCUCGAACGACUCCCCGCGCGUUUCUGUGGAGGAAAAGCUCAUCUCAGAGCUUAGGCGGUGGGAUGAAGACGCGUUCGCCGAUAUUCUUUCUAGAGCGACUGAAGCGGACAAGACGGAGGUGGAGCUCGGGGCCAAUCUCGUGAGGGCGUAUUGGGAAGAGCUGCUGGAACAGAGCGAGGGGGAGCCAAGUAUAAGUGCGAGCACGAGAAGUUCGUCCAGCUCCCGGUCGCUGCACACUAGAUACCUAUACUGA